AAUCUGGGCAUCGAGGCAGAAGGGUGGCCGGUGCAUCGGUUGGACGAAAACACGCGGGGACUGAUGGCCAGCAGCUGGAGGGAGUUUGGACACGCUGGCAGAGGGACAUAUGAGUGGUUAACUAGUGAGCCAAGCCUACCACUUCGGGAAACCCAGCUGCAGGGCACCCAGGAGGUAAGUUCUGCAACAGACGACGUGGAGCCCUUCCUGUGCAUCCUUCUCCCGGCGACCGUCCUGCUCUUCCUGGCCUUCCUGCUGCUGUUCCUGUACCGCCACUGCAAGGCCUCGCGGCCCCGGGGACAGGCGAUCAGCAUCGACCUCCCAGAGCACGUGCCCGCGGAAGAGGUCACGGACUUCCGGCAGGGCCUCCCCUGGAGCGGCGAGCCCCGCUUCCCUUACUCCCCGCUGCCCCGGGAGGUGGCCCAGGUCCCCACGUGCUCACCACCCUCCUAUGAAGAGGCCACCAGGACCCGCCCUGGGGCAGGGGCUCUGCAUGCAGGCCUCCGGCGUCAAGAGGGGUCACCUGCCCCGGAGGAGCAAGUAUGAACUGCUCUCCCAACUAUUUCAAGCACAGCUGGCAACCCUUAACAGAGAACCCCCUGCCCCCAAGACCUUCCCUGCAGACUCUUGACUGAAUGGGGUGCUUCUGGCUGGGGGCGAAACUGACAAGUGUCAGUCUGGUUAGCCAUUGUCAAGUUCCCUGGGUCAAUUUUUUCCUAUGUUGUCCUGAGGUGAACCAGGCCUUCCUAAAACGUAGAAAGCCCAGUGAGCCACCGGGAAAGUUCUACGGGAGUGGAGAAAAAAUGAGGAUUAUUAGGAAGCAUAGGAACUAGGUCUGAAGGAAAAGAAAAGUGUUGAUCAGCCAAAGGAAACUGCUUUGGCCACCAAAUAAAAUGUUUCUUCCUAAACACAUAUUGUUUUAGGGAAAUUUUAUGGUCUCACUAGAGUUCUAGAAGGAAAACAUCUCUAGGCUGCAGUGGUCAAUUGUGUUGUAAACAAUGGUAAAGUAUGCUUCAGUAUGAAGAAUAAAAGUACAUUUGCAAACAUUUUUGUUUAAAAAAAAAUAAUAAUAAAGGUCACCAGAAUCACU